AUGGCGAGUGCCAGCAUGGUCCCGAAAAUGUUGCUGGAGUCGGAGCGUGCCAGCAAGAUCCCCUUAAUGACAAGAGAGGUGGUUGCUGGAGGUCACAAGUGCCAGCAAGAUCCAUUAAAUGAUAUGGGAAGUGGUGAGUGCCAGCAAGGUACCAUACAUGUUGCUGGAGUUGUAGAAAACCAGUAUAACCCCUUAAAUGACAAAAAAGGUGGUGAGUGCCAGCAAGGUACCAUACAUGUUGCUGAUGGUGGAGAAAAGAAAAUUAGUCGGCUGGAGUUGAUGAUUGCCUUCGUAAUCGGAUUCAUCGUAUUGAUGUUUGUUUGGAAAGGGAAUGAAUUACUACAUUAUCCCACGCUGCACCAUGAUGCCGUCCGAAGUACAAAGGGACAUCACCCAAAUAAUGUUCAACACCACACAACACGCAUGGAAUGGCACGAACCAGCUGUAAAACCUAAUGUUAUGGGAAUGACCUCAUUGCGACAAGCGCUUAACCAGUUGCCGAAUAGUUAUCAAUUGGAUCUUGACGAUUUGUUGAAUAUCCUGACAACAGACCAGAUCAUAGGGUUAUUGAUGAACUAUACAACUAAAAUAACAUACCGAUGUAGGACGGAGAGGCGAUUUGGAAACCCUGUACAUGAAGAUGGUGGUUGGAAUGUUUGCAUGGAUGUUGAUAUUAAUCCAAGUGACUGUAUUGUAUAUUCUUUCGGUAUUGCUAACGACUGGUCAUUUGAUGAGGACAUGGCUAAUUAUGGAUGCAACGUGUACAGUUUCGAUCCUAGCAUUGGUCUGGAUGAUCAUAAACACGCGGAUCGCGUCUGGUUCUAUAAUAUGGGGUUAUAUGACGACAAUAUAGAUGAUCUUGUAGCUAGCACAAGGCAUUGGAAAGUUAGAACUUUAUCGUGGAUCAGAAAAAUGUUACACCAUGAAAACAAAAAUAUCGAUGUUCUCAAAUUUGACAUCGAAACAACAGAACACCGCAUAUUCCAUCAACUCAUCAGUAGUGGUAUUCUUAGAGACAUCAAAUUAGUGGCUUUUGAACUCCAUCUUUCGCCAGUUAACAUAUAUGAACAUAAAGAAGAUACGUUACAUGUUUACCGAGCACUAAAAGAGGCAUUUGAAUUGAAUGGAUUCAAACUGUGGGAUUGGCACGAGAACGAAGAAAUGGCAAAAGAAUACCCCGAUCCCCCACAGCCCCCUUAUGGGACCCAAAUAACAGUUAAUCGCAACCCAGCGAUAGAGGGCGAUAUAGUACGUAUGGUAUGCACAGCAGAAGGCUCCCCACAGCCAACGUAUCAAUGGUACAAACUGGGUGGAUAUUCUCCUGUUGAUGAACGUUAUACAUUUAAUGAUGAUGGAAGUGAAUUAAUAAUUAAUCCAUGUCUGCGUAACGACACUGGAUCAUACGAAUGUACUGCUGUGAAUGAUGAAGGCACUGACAGUACCUGGGUAUUUCUUGAUAUAUAUUAUGAGCCUGUAUCCCCUUGGCCAAAUUGUAGUGUAGAUCCAAUGAAUAACACUGAAUAUUUAGAAGCCGGAUAUGACAUCACAAUUGUGUGUGAAGCUUCUGGCGGUAAUCCUUAUCCAUACCUAGUAUGGUAUAACGGAACUGAUCGAUUGCCUGGAAAUUAUUCCACACCAUCAACGGGCGACGACAAUGAAGUCACAACUAAUGAAUAUUCUUGGAUGUUAGAUAAAUACGAUAAUGGUAAAUAUUAUCGUUGCCAUGGUGACCAAGCUGUCUCUGGUCAAGAACAAUGCUACACAGAUCAGUUAGAUGUUAAAUACUCCCCUGAAACCCCUUCUUGUACAGACCUCACUCGUGAUAGCUACGUUGAGGGCAGUGUCAUCACAAUUACUUGUGAAUCUACCGAUGGUAACCCAUUAGCAACACUGAGAUGGUUGAACGAGACAGACGAUACAGUCAUGCUGUUGACAACCCCAAUGCCCGGUGAUGAGACAAGUACUGCAGUGUAUGAAUGGGUAGUGAGUAGAGUCGAUAACCAUGGAAGCUUCAGAUGUGAAGCUGUUAAUCUUGUACAGUUAGAUCCGUUGAUAUGUACUACCGGAAGUGUAGAUGUUGUUUUUUCGCCUACGUCUGUGGAAUUAUUUGGUUACGAGAGAGCCGUGAAUGCAGGUGAUGAUACAAUCCUUACAUGUGAAAGUGGGACCAGUAAUCCGAAGUCCAAUAUAACAUGGUUUAAAAACAACACGCUCAUAGUGGAGAGUGAGUACGAAGAAUGUGGAGAAGAAUGGUAUAAUGCCGGUGACUACUACGGUAUUGUCACCAGACAAGAUAUAAUCAUACACUUAACGGCGCAACAUAAUAGUGCUGUGUUCUACUGUUCUGCUAAUAAUAAUAUUUACGACAUUGUGAUAUCAAAUAGUAAUACACUGGAAGUAUACUUUCCACCAUCAGAGCCAGAUGGUUGUCGUACAAGUCUUACUGGGUAUAAUGGUUAUGCGACGGCGGGCGGCGAACUAACAUUGACGUGCACAUCGUGCAGCAGUAAUCCACGGUCCCGGAUAAUGUGGUACGUAGACGGUAGCGAGGUGCAGGACGGACUCAGUGAACCCGGGUAUACCCAUGCCGAAUACAAUGGAGUGAGAACAUCGCAAGACCUAUCUACAAUAUUGUCAUACCUCCAUCAUGCAGUGACAGUAUGGUGCGAGUGCGUCAACGAGGUUUAUCCUGACGAUUCACAUCCGUCGGAUCACAUCACGCUGGAUGUGCAUUAUGGACCGUUCGUAACGAACAUAGAUGAAACACGAUCACGAGCUAACGAAGGAGAAAUUGGCAAUCUGACAUGUGUGGUCGAUAGCAACCCAGAUGGAAGUAUCACGUGGUACAAUCCGGAAGAUGAAAAGAUUAUCAACGGAACCGAAGGACGAACUAUAGUGGAAAAUAAAGAUGACACAAUACGCGUGAGCAGAUUGAUAAUAGAGGAUGUGACCCGUGCAGAUUAUGGAAAUUAUACUUGUUGUGCCGAAAACUAUAUCAAUACAGCACUGUUUGUCAUUGAACUUAAUGGAUUGACUAGCCCGCAGGCGGCACAGAAUAUUGAAGUAACAAACCGUACAGAAAGUUCUCUUUCACUGAAGUGGGAACCCGGGCACGAUGGAGGCACGCAACAGUUAUUCUUCUUAGCAUACUCUGCUCUUGACAAUGCGAGUGAUACUGGUUAUGUAGAUCGUAUCAAUAUCACGUGGAAUAGAACAGAUUAUACGUCGAACAACUACGAUACCAUAUAUGGCCUUGAGCAUUCAACAUACUACGCUGUCGUUGUUAUUAGCCAAAACACAAUAGGAUACACGCCAAGCGAAGCUGUUACUAAUUCCACAUUGCGUGUAAUAACAAGUAAGAACAUGGAUAGUGCUUUGUCUAAGGCGACAGAUUGGGAGGUACCGAGAUCGAAAGUGACAUUUAUAGAACACAUUUCAAGUGGAGCAUUAACACAUGUUAUAAAAUCACAUAUUUUGUCUGAGAAUGGUCAGAAGGAAACAGUACUUGUAAAAUUGUUUAAAGAUAAGGAAACGGAAAUGAAUAAGGUGUGUUUUGUGAAAGAAAUUGAAUUGCUCAAGGGACUCGAUCAUCCCAAUGUUAUAAGAAUGGUUGCCUGUUGCACAGUCCAAGAUCCCAUUCUUCUUGUAUUGGAAUUCUGCGCCUUCGAGAACCUACGAAGUGUUCUUCGUGAAUAUCGAACCCAGGUGGAUCCCGGAAAAUUGUAUCCAGACACCCCUGAAGAGUUUGACAGGACGGACGAAUUUAUAACAUUUGGACUUCAAAUUGUGCGUGGAUUGAAAUAUCUUGAAGAAAAUGAGUGUGUUCUCCGAUUCUUUUCCGCAAGAAGUAUAAUGGUUGGUGCAAACAAAAUAUGUAAAAUAUCGGAUUUAGAAUUCUCAACCUCUGUUAUGAAUGAACAUGAAUUUGAAACUACAACAAGUGAUCGUCUACCAUUGCGAUGGAUGGCGCCAGAGUCGUUGCUGGCGUGUUCUUACACUGUCAAGUCAGAUACUUGGUCGUACGGAGUAGUCUUGUGGGAAAUAUUUCAUUUUGGUGAAACUCCAUAUACGGAAUUGGUUGUUGUUGACCUUAUCAAUGAGCUACAACGUGGGUACAGAAUGCCUGAACCGAAACAUUGUCAUAAACAUAUAUACAAUAUUAUGCUGGAUUGUUGGCGACAAGCGCCAUCUGAGAGACCAACGUAUCAAGAAAUAAUAUUGAAACUUGGAACUAAGCCACAUGUAAGACUUUGGCUAAGUGUGAAUAUUUCAAUGCCGGUGGAAAAAGAAAGAGUAGGCAGAAGAAUGAUAGAAGAUGCUGAGGAAAAAAGAUUAAUUAAACCUGGUGACGUGAUCAUUGAACCAACAGCAGGGAAUACAG